GGAAAUUCCUGUUCAACUACGUGUUGUCACCAGUCCAGUGUUGCUCAUGCUCAUGUGUUUUAAGCUCUGACAGACUGCAGCCACGGAUCAGAACAAUGUCUGGAAGUAUCAAAACCUUCUCAAUACAGUACGACCCGAUUAACGAAGGCAACACGUUCACGAGUGGCGACACGAUUCAUGGGAGACUUAUUUUGGAAGUAAACAAAGAGGUACGGAUUGACAAACUUUAUAUAAAGUGUAAAGGGGACGCGAAUGUGCAGUGGACCGAGUCAAACAGCAGCAAUAACUCGGACGACACCUACAGCGCUCAUGAAAGAUACUUCAAACUCAAACAUAUCAUUAUUUGGGACAAGAAUAAGAUAGAAGAAAAUGGAGCCACACUUGUAACAUCAAAUGUGGAGAAAUACAACAAUUUGGUUAUGCCAGGAUACCAUACCUUUCCAUUUUCAUUUCAGCUUCCUCACAGGAACAGCCCAUCAUCCUUUAAAGGAUGCCACGGAUCAAUUGCAUAUGUCCUUCAGGCCAAACUGAGUAGAUCAUGGAAAAUCCCGCGAAUUGUAAAGAAAGAAUUCAUCUUUGUGUCAAACGUUUAUGAAAAUAGUUCUCAUUUAAUGAGACCACUUUCUGGGUCAGUAGAAAAAAAGAUGAAGGUUUUCACAUCUGGAAGUAUCUCAAUCAGAGCAACUACUGACAAAAAGGGCUACAUGCCAGGUGAGAGAAUCAAGGUUGAAACCCAAAUUGAAAACUCUUCAUCUCGUGCUCUCAAGCUCAAAUUCAAACUUGAACAAAGGCAGACGUUCAUCGCUCAAUCUAAACAAAACUGUUCGAUAAAAGCUAUUUUCAAAGCUGUGGAAGAUCCCAUUCCAUCCAGAUCCAAGAAAACAUUCACCAGUAGACUGAAGAUCCCUUUAAACUUGGAUCUAACCAUCACAAACUGUAAGAUUAUUAAAGUGGAAUACAUGCUCAAGGUGUAUUUGGAUGUUCCCUACGCUAGAGACCCAGAGAUCAUAUUUCCACUGGUCAUUAUACAAACAGGCCAGUACUGCAUUCCACAGCAAAGUCAUGAAGCAUCCAAUACCAGUCAGAGCAGACGACAAUCAUUACAGAUGGGUUCUACAUUACAACCGACACUUGUUCCCUUUCCCCUUGUUCCUGCUGGUGCCUUUGGACCAGCUCCAAAUGUAUACCCGAUUGUAUACCCUCAGCCAGCCAAUCCGGAUGAACCACCACCUUCCUAUACAGACAUCUUUCCAGACUUAAAUGCGUCAGCAUCAGGAUUCAACACAUCUCUAUUACCUCCUCCACCAUACACCACUAUGGAUUCUUCACAUGCUUUUCAACACCAUACACCAGGGUAUCCAACACAGGAGUGUCCAAGGGCAGCAGAAUACUGGCACAGUCCAGCAAAUCCAGAGUCUUAUCCUACUAAAUAGACUGCAUUUCCAGAUCUGCAUUUUUAGUGCAAUACAAAAUUAUUUUGAAACAAAAUGUCAAAGUUGAUAUGUCAGUGCUUUUUUCAGUUUGGUAGGGUUAAAAGGAUUUUUUAUUGUUUUUAUUGCUAUUUUUUAUUAUUUGUUUUCUAACCUACAGUAAUACUGUUUGUUUUUUAUGCACUUAAUACUGUUUGUAUUUUAUCAUUCAGAGAACUGCAUUUUAUGAUCAACAGUUGAUUUUAUAAACCAAAAUCAAGUAUAUCUAUCGACCUACUGUGUGUGUGUGUGUGUGUGUGUGUGUGUGAGAAAAUAAAAGCAGAUGAAGAUAAAAGAGCAAA